UAUGGUGUCACAUAAUAACAUAUGUUAUUAAAAAUGUGGCGGCUUUCAACAAAUUUAACAAAAAUAAAUAAACCCAUAGUCGUAGGGGUCUUAACAAGAUUUUCGACUAUUCCACCGAAGCAAAGCAUUCUUAACAAUGUACGUUCUUGGUCAUCAUUGGAUGGGCCCAAUACAACCAUUAAGCCAAUCUUACGAAGAGCUGAAGAAACCAACAAAAAAAUAUCACCACUCGGAUGGUUUUUACUGCUUAUUCCAGCAACAACAUUCGCUUUGGGUUGCUGGCAAGUAAAAAGAAAAUCAUGGAAAGAACAACUUAUUAAGGAACUGGAUCAUCUUAAACAAAUACCGGCAGCACCUUUACCGGAUAACCUCUCAGAUGUAUCAAAGAUGGAAUAUCGUUUAGUAAAAGUAAGAGGAAAAUUUUUACAUGAAAAAGAAUUACUUAUGGGUCCUAGAUCGUUUAUACGCCCAGAUGGAGCAGAAACAGCUGGUGGACUAUUUUCACAACGUGACAGUGGAAAUGGUUAUUUAAUUAUAACACCUUUUAAGGUAUCCAAUAGAGAUGACAUUAUACUCGUAAAUCGAGGGUGGGUAUCACGAAAACAAGUUAAACCUACCACAAGGCCUGAGGGACAAAUUGAACAUGAAGUAGAAAUAACUGGUGUCGUACGUUGUGGCGAGAAGCGUGCACAGUUUACACCUGAACACAAAGGAGGUAUUUUCUUAUAUAGAGAUUUAGGUAAAAUGUGUGCAGCAACCGGUGCUGCACCAGUAUUCAUUGAUGCUACUUAUGCAUCAUCAGCUCCCGGAGGCCCAGUAGGUGGACAAACACGCGUUACAUUACGAAAUGAGCAUUUAUCAUAUUUGAUAACAUGGUAUUGUUUAUCAGUAGCAACUGGAUAUUUAUGGUAUCGUCAAAUAUUGAAAAGAAAACCAUUUUAAAAAAUAUAAGC